UUUUUGCGAACUGAGUUAGUGACGUUCACUCGGUUGGCAACAGUGGCGCAGGGUGAUACGCACGUACCUAAGGAAGUAACUAGACGGAGGUUAAUCGAAAUCCACGACAUUCGGCACGUCUUCUGCACGCCAUGUUCCUGCUCUUUAUAUCGACUAGUGACAGAAUGCGUGGUGCAACGAUCGAAUAUUGUGUACUGACGGGAAGUUCGAUGUACGGUUUGAGCCAUUAGUAGUUUAUAAAUAAGCGAAAUGAUAUAUUGUGGUAUACGUCAGGUGGUAUAAUGUGACACGACGAGCGAAAUGCGGGCAAGUCGCGGCCAUUUUACACUACAAUGCGGCAACCGUGUGUGUAUAUUCAAUCCGCCAUUCCAAACAAUCAGUGUUUCCUCAGGUGCAUCUGGAACGACGGUCUUUAGCGAUCCUACGGUUUGACAUAAUAAUGAAUUAAAUUAUAGGCGGUUUUUACAAGUCCGAGUGGUGCGGUGUUGCGGACACAAACGGGUGCGGAUCAAUGCGCGCGAGUGCAUAACACCAAGGGAAGAUUAGUUGUUCCCCCCGAUCAUCUUCUGUCUCCUUUCCCACCCCCCACCCAUUACUCCCUCGGCCCUCCCCCUGCCGCCCCGUCUCUUUCCUCUCUUUCUCGCCCUCCCUCCCUCCCUCCCUCCCUCUUGAUGUAUUUUCUUGGUGGUCAGACCGCGAGAAUGCGAAUGAACGUGUGAUAUGUGUGUGCGAGGAAGAGACAACGACGACGACGACGACGUGCGUGCGUGUGCGACGACGACGACGAUUGCGAAUAAACGAAGCAGAAGUAAAUAAUGGAGAUCGAAGUUAAGCAAAGAAAUCAACGAAAUCGGCGCAGGGAGCGAGCGCAACGGAUGCUGGCCCAAAGGGAGAGUAUCGCGAACGCCAAGCAACAGCAGCAGCAGCAGCAGCAGGGUUUAGCAGGAUUGGGACUCGGGGGUGAUCCGAGCGAUCCUCGUACCACGGGAGACGACAGUCACAGCGGCGAGGACGAGCCUGGACCGCCUCACGGACUGGCUCGAGGACGGGGCAGAGUGCGAGCCCGUGAAAAACACCCCCGACCACCUCGUCCGCGGAAAAAGUCAUCCCUCAAUCACAAGGAGCCCCCCUUCGAGGAGGACAUCGUCGACGGUUUUGCCAUCCUUGCAUUUCGCACCUACGAGGAACUCGAGAGUGCGAUUAAGCUUGCUGGGAAAAAUAAUGUAAAGAAAUUGCACACGCUGUUAUCGAUAGCUGAUGAAAAACCCAAGAUAGAUACCGGUCAGCACAACCGACACAGUGGUGAACACCACAUCAAAAAUCAUUUCAAACACAACCAUUAUACCCAUAAUUCCAUUCUGACACCAUCUACACUUACCCAGGGCCUCGAUGCAGGUACAAGCGACGAUAGCGGUAGAGCAUCUGAGCAGCUGCAUGGACCUAGUAUACCGAGGGAUUGCCAAGACCCUGACAGUUCAAGGGACCAUCUUAGCGACGCUAGCAGUCAUUGCAGUUCGGGUAAAGGCUAUAUCUGUGAUAGUGAAGGAGAGGACGAUAAGGGAUCAGAUGCUGAGUCGAUACUCUUUGAAUCUUCUACCCCAUCUCCUCUUGCACGUAAAUUUGAGUUGCCAUCUUCUUCACCUCAUGUACUGCCUCCGACAAAUGGGGCAGGAGGAACACCUCCAGAUACCGGUGGACAAAUUUCAAAUCCAGCAACAGACGCACCAGCCCCUAUACCACCCCCAGUGCCUGCCACUGCACCAGCACCUACGGUGCCCAGCCCUCCUAGCCCUACGCUACCUCCUCACAUAUCCCAGCCACCCAUGACCAGUCCGCUAGCAGCGAAUCCACGUGCAAUAGCUCCGCAGCAGCGGCCUGCAUCUCCAGCCCUUCCGCCUCCAUCUCUGCCUCAACAACCGCACACCGCUAUACCAGUGUUACAUCCACCAAACGUACCAAUCGUGUCCUCCAGUCACACUACCAGUCCUGCAGUGGCUAGUCUAGGAGUGACUCCCGCAGCCCCAUCAAACGGGGCAGCAACUACGAGCUAUCCACCUCCGUUACCAAUGGCAGCUUAUCCCCAAACACAGCCAUCGUAUCCUCCGCUUUACACACCGUACACCGCUCUGAAUCACAGUCCGUAUCUUCCCCCCACAGUGCCGUCACCCUCUCAUUCAGCUUCUUCUAGAGCCGAUGUGAGAGGAAGCAGGGCAUCGCCUUGCACAAAUAUAAACAAACAAGUUGCUGGAAACAACAUGAUGAACCACAGUAAUACUCCGCUCAGUGCCGCGACAACGACAUGUGUAUCUACCAUAACUAAUACAGUUACGACAGCCAAUACAAUUGCACACAGAGAUAUUAUGGCAUGCAGCUUAGCUGGACGAAAUAAUAAUUCACCUCGCGGCCACAGUCCUAACCGAGAACGAGACAGUUAUAGCAGCAACGUGAGUAGCCUAAGUCGGGGCAGUAUAACACCUGUCAGUGUGCCAAACACAUCCUCCCCAGCCAAUUCUAGUCUACCUGCUUAUUCCAAGGCUCAAGGAUGGAUCAGUAGCGGUACAACAUCCCAGUUAUCGCCAGCCACGGCAACUUCGGUGCCCAGACCUACGCCACCCCCUGUAUCGUUAGGAAUGCAUUCUUUUCCACCACCUAUGUUCGCGGCUCCGCUGCCGCCACCGGUGUCUACCUCGAGUCCACAUACUUCGAUGCCAUCGCUUCCACCAUCCACGUCAAAUCCAAAUCCAUUUUCUGCAGAAUCGCUUUUUCAAUCCAGGGUGAGUCAUGUUGCAGGUCAGACUGACAUGUUACGGAGAGAAUUGGAUAGCAGGUUUCUCGCCUCUCAAGAACGUGGUGUAGGUGUUGGAAAUCUGGGUCCUCCGCCAUAUCUUCGUACUGAAAUGCAUCAUCAUCAACACCAGCACACUCAUGUACACCAACAUACUACGCCGAUGCUUCCGCCUCCAACAGCAACGUCACUUUUUCCUCCCCCAAUUUUUAAGGACAUUCCAAAAAUCGGAGGUGUUGACUCUCCCUUUUUUCGUGGCAACCUCAACAUGUCCAGUUACUCUGGUUUUAAUGCUGGACUUAUGCAUCCUGGAAUGGGUCCACCUUCAACGCCAUUUGUUCCUCCGAACCAUAUAACUUCGUUCGCACCAAAGAAUUUAAAAUUUCAGAAGACGGGAAAAUGGAAUGCAAUGCACGUACGCAUUGCUUGGGAAAUUUAUCACCAUCAGCAGAAGCAGCAAGCUGAUGCAAAGGCUGGUGGUGUUGUCAGCGGAAAGACGGAGCUCCUAAGGCCACCCGGUCAUUUAUAUCCAGGUGGACCAGGAACUGGUCUAGGAAUGGGUAGUCCAAUGGCACCCCCGUUUUCAGCAAAUCUACCACCUACACAUGCACCACAUCCACCGCCCCAUCCAGUUACAUUUCUUUCAAAUCCUGGAUCUCAUAUGGGAGCGGGGAUGUCGCCUUUCGGAAGGUAUCCGACAACGUUUGGUGCACCUAAUCCAAACUUCCCUGGACUGUCAGGAUUUCCACCUCCCCCGCGAGAGAUGUCGUCGCUGGGAGGUUUGGGAUCCGUUCACGAUCAGUGGCGAGGGUUACAACGCACCAAUCCUGGAUAUCCUCCAACGACAGUGUCGUGGAAUUUGAAGCCAGAACCUCCUGUGAUAGACAGACGAGCUGAGAUAGAAGAAAGAGAACGUGAAAGGGAACGCGAACGGGAGCGGGAACGUGAACGUGAAAGAGUACGACGAGAGCGGGAAAGGGAGGAGCAACGCGAGCGGGAGAGGCGAGAGCGUGAAAAAGAGGAAAAGCGAAAACAGGAAGCGGCCGAGCGUGAGAGGGAGCGUGAAAGGAGAGACAAAGAGCGGAGAGAAAUGGAAAGAAGAGAAAUGGAGCGAGAACGAUUGCUUCAUCACAGUCGCAUACCGGUAAACAGCGGCAGAGAUCGCUCACCUUUGCGAAAUGGCUCGACUCCGAUCGACGCGGGUGAAGUGAGGGUGAAGGAAGAACCACGCAGCAAAGACGACGACGUCGUUAUGCUUUCCAGGCCGCCUCCACAAGGACCCGGCCCUCUUUCCGACGCGAGGUAUCAUCCGCAUCCCCACUCACAUUCGCAUCCGCCGCAUCCGCACUCGUACCUUGCCAGACAUUCUCACAGUAUGCCUCAUUCUUUGUCCCGAACUAUGAUGCCGACGCUAACUUCUCAUCCGAUGCAACAUUUUCCACCACCUCCGAGUGCGACGCAGGGUGCGCCGUGGCCCGGUGAUCCGUUUAGAGAUCCGUAUCGGUAUGAUCCUUUGCAGCAGCUUCGUUACAAUCCGUUGAUGGCCGCUGCUGCGUUUAGGGCUGAAGAAGAAGAGAGGGCGAAACUUUAUGCCGGUUAUGCUCCCCCAGUGAACCCUAUGCGAAGCAAAGGUCCGAGUCCGGGUCCUCUGAGUAAUCUUCACAUGCAUCACAGAGCUGGUCCUGGACCAGGAGUAUCUGUCCGACCCUUAGAGCCGUCGCUUAUGCAUAAUGAUAUUCAUAAAAAAGAAGAUGCUUCACAGUCUCGAUGAUAUCAUACGUUUCCAGCUUUGAGUAAGAAGGGAGAAAAAGGAAGGAGAGAAGAAGAACAGUGCAAACUAGAAGGACGUGAACUGCAUUGAUGUCAGAGCAUUAUUGAUAUUUUAUAUAUUAAAAAAAAGCGUUAUUUAAAGUUGUACAUAAAUUAUUAUAUGAUAUUUAUAGAUAUAAAUAGAACGAUUAAUUGAUGAAACCUUGUCUA